ACUGCUUCCGGUUUUAUAGCAGGUAGAUACUAGGAUGUUAAUAUUAGCAGCCACUUGACACACCAUGAUAUGACCAGCUGCCCAUUCAUUUCUGCUGUUAGAAGAAAGAGCGACGACCUGCUACCUGCACCGGCUGGCAUUUUAUAGGCGGGUCUAGGUACGGGUGAAGCCAUGCCUGUGUCCCUGCUGUGGGCAGUGGACGUGUACGGGCGUGUCUACAGCCUGUCCACUGUGGGACAGCAAUGGGAGCAUUGCCGCAAAGCCCACCUGGAAUUCAAGCGGGUGACAGCAGCUCAGCAGUGCUGCUGGGGCAUUGCCUGUGACAACAGCAUCUACCUGAACGUCCAUGCGUCUGACCUGCCCGUCCGCUACCAAGAGGACACAUACGAAAAUCAGAGAUGGAAUCCCGUUGACGGUUUCUCAGAGCGUCUGCUGCCAAGUGACCGCUGGCAGUGGAGUGACAUCACAGGCCUGCAGCAUCAACCCAUGGCCAGCUUCCAGCUCCCUUCCAGCAGCUGGGAGUGGGAGGGAGACUGGUUUGUGGAUGAAAACCUUGAUGGAGAGCCCACAGAAAAAGAGGGGUGGACGUAUGCCAUGGAUUUUCCUGCUACUUACACUAAGGACAAGAAGUGGAACUCCUGUGUCCGUCGCAGGCGAUGGCUCCGCUACAGGAGGUACAAAGACAUGGACACCUGGGCUAAGAUCCCUUCGCAGCAGACAGCUCUACCGGAUCCCUUUAGUGACAUCAGCUGUGGAGGCUGGGAGAUCAGUGAGGAGCCCCGGGGCCGGCUGUCUCUGUGGGCCGUGUCCCUGCAAGGAAAGGUGUGGUUCAGAGAAGACAUCUCUCACCACAAUCCUGAGGGUUCUUCCUGGGUGGAGGUGCCUCCCCCUGGAGAAGUGGUCCAGAUCAGCUGUGGCCCCGGGGACCUGGUCUGGGCUGUGCUGUGGGAGGGUCACCUGAUUGUCAGGGAGGGCAUUAGUCGAGACUGCCCAAGAGGUACUUCCUGGGCAGGGGUGGAGUCUCCGAGCCCUGAGGUGGCCACUAUACAUGUUGCUGUAGGAGUUAAUGUGGUCUGGGCUGUGACCAAAGAUAAUAAAGUGUGGUUUAGGCGAGGUGUGAACUCUCAUAACCCCUGUGGUUCCGGAUGGAUCAACAUGGUUGGAGAAAUGAUCAUGAUCAACGUGGGCCUGAACGACCAGGUGUGGGCCAUUAGCUUUGAGGACCGGUUGGUGUACUUCAGACAGGGUGUUACCUCCAGUGAGCUGAGCGGUAAAACCUGGAAGGCCAUCAGCGUUCCUCGAGACGGGGAGCGAUCCCAUUCCAGUGCCAGUGCAAACAGUCAACACAGUGCGGGUUGUUUUUUCUCCGGUGAAGUGCGGGUUCCAUCAGUAGUCAGCGAUGCUGAAUUAGACCUAGAACAUCCACCAGGAGAUGUAGCCAUCAGCAGUGUCACAUUCCCUGGGCUGGACUCCUUCGUAGAUGCCCCUACAAACUCUUCAUCACAACCAUGCGUCAAGCCCAGCAUCCCCAAGGUCACAAGCGACAGCUUUAUCUCUGAACUCGUCUCUGACCGAAAACCAGCAAAGACAUCUGGAGGUGUUGAAUCAGCCUCUCCUGCUGUCCUGGAGGAAGUCGUCCUUGAUGAAGGAGAGGCUGACGUUCUGUCCAGUAACAGUACUGUUACCAUUACUGGGUCUGGUGGUCCUUCUGACCCCCAGUGGAGUAAUGUAGAUCUGGAGGAGGCACAGAUUCAAUAUGGCCAAACGGGAGCAGUGGCAGACUCCGUUGACUCCUGUAGCCUGUCGUCACUGGCAACCUACAGCCUGGCCAUGGAGGAUCAGUAUGGGGUGGACGAGCACCCUCUGUGGGCGUGGGUCAGCGGAGGAGGCUGCUCUGUGGACAGCCACUCUCAACUCAACUGGUUCAGCUACUCUUUGAACACGUCCGUGCUCCAGUCAGUCCAGUCCUUGAGUCUGUCCGUGUCUCCUGCUCAGACAGCUGCUUGGCGGAAACAAAUCUUUGAGCAGCUUAGUGAAAGGUCCAAGAGAGAGAUGGACAAUUUCAGACAUUAUGAACAAGCCAUUGAGCAGUCGGUGUGGGUAAAGAAGGGAGCCAUGCAGUGGUGGAGAGACUGGAAGCCGCACAAGUGGAUGGAUGUUCACUUUGCUCUGGAACAGUUUUCUGGAGCUGAGGGACACAAGGAUGGGAUCUUAUUCAUUUAUUACAAUUAUUAUGAGGAGAAGAAGUACCUCCAUGCCUUCAUUAAUGAAGUAACCAUCCUGGUUCCUGUUCUCAACGACUCCAAGCACACUUUUGCCAUCUACACUCCUGAACGUACCAAACAGAGGUGGCCAAUACGAGUGGCAGCUGGCACAGAGCUGGAGAUGCAUGAUUGGUUGGCUUUGUUGAGUGUUUCCUGCUGUGACUCCAGAGGAAUCCACGGUUCUCCGUCCAAACAGGCGAUCUGGUCCAUCACCUGUAAAGGGGACAUCUUUGUCAGUGAGCCCUCCUCUGCCCUCGAAGCCAUGCCUUACCCCACACCCUGUGAUCAAAUGUUCUGGCGGCAGGUAGGAGGCCACCUGCGUUUAGUGGAGUGCAACAGUCUGGGGAUAGUUUGGGGCAUCGGCUUUGACCACACCGCCUGGGUCCACACAGGAGGCUAUGGAGGAGGUUUCUCCCAGGGCUUGGCCAGUAGCACAGAUAAUAUUUACACCCAGACUGACGUCAAGAGCGUUUACAUCUAUGAGAACCAGAGAUGGAACCCUGUCACUGGCUACACCAACAGAGGCCUUCCAACAGACCGCUACAUGUGGAGCGAUGCGUCAGGAUUACGCGAGUGCACUAAGACUGGUACAAAACCCCCUUCUCCUCAGUGGACAUGGGUGUCUGACUGGGCUGUUGACUACAGCGUCUCCGGGGGAACAGACAGAGAGGGCUGGCAAUAUGCUGCAGAUUUUCCAGCGUCCUAUCAUGGCUUUAAAACCAUAAAGGACUUUGUACGGCGCAGGCGAUGGGCCAGGAAGUGUAAAUUGACAACAACAGGACCUUGGCGGGAAAUUCCACCAAUCCCACUGAGUGAUGUCACAAUCCUGCCUUGUGCUGCUCAGAGCAGCGUGGAUACAGUUCCUGUGUGGGCCAUCAGCAACAAAGGAGACGUCCUGUGUCGACUGGGAGUCACCCUGCUGACACCUGCUGGAACCUCAUGGCUUCAUGUGGGGACAGACCAGCCCUUCAAGUCCAUCUCUGUUGGGGCUGCCAGCCAGGUGUGGGGCGUGGCUCGGGACGGCUCAGCCUUCUACCGGGGGUCAGUCUCAGGACCGAACCCAGCAGGGGACUGUUGGUACCACAUCCCCUCUCCGGCUAAGCAGAAGCUGAAGCAGGUGUCUGUAGGCAGGACGUCAGUUUACACUGUGGACGAGAAUGGUAACAUCUGGUACAGACAGGGAGUGACCCCCAGCUACCCUCAGGGCUCAUCCUGGGAGCACAUCUCAAACAACGUACGCAAAGUCUCUGUGGGACCCCUGGAUCAGGUGUGGAUCAUAGCAGACAAGGUUCAGGGCAGCCACAGUCUGAGCUGCGGGACGGUGUGCCAUCGACUCGGAGUCCAGCCCAUGGAACCCAAGGGGCAAUCAUGGGACUAUGGCAUUGGGGGCGGAUGGGACCAUAUUACAGUGAGAGGAAACUCCAUGGAGCCACCUCGGAUCUGUCUUCCCUCCAUGACAGAGCCGUUGCCCCGAGCCGCUCACACUCCACCCCCAGCCGCACCCUGAGCUCCUAAUCCUACCAUGUAGCUGUCAAACUCCAGGAUAACUUAGUAAUACACUCACUUUUAAGAGACACUUUGGCCUUUUAGGUUUAAAGUUGCGGGCAAGUAUUAUAUUCAGAGAAGCUGAGCCAGUCUAAUAUUUUACCAGACAUUCAAGAUCUAUAAAUAAGUCUUUGUUUUCUGUGUGUUUUGUUCCUUUAUAGCGGUGUUUGUAUUUUGUUGCUAAGCUUGAUGGAUUUUUCUCAGUAGACCUAAACGUGAAUUCAUUAUUUUGUGUUUGUGUGUGUGGUUUGUUUGUGUCAAUCUGUGCAAGUCAAUUUAACGUGACAAUAGCAAUUUUUUAAAAUUAUUUAAUUAGGCAGCACAGUAAUUUCCCAUAAAUUUUCUGUUGGAUUAGGUCUGAACUCUGGCCAUUUCCCUAACAUGAUAUUGUUCUUUUUGUUUAAUGACUGUAAAGCUUACAAAAAAAAAAGUGUCAGCAGGUUAAGCUUUCUAGGUUUGGGGCCAAAACUGACUGGUAUGUGAAGCCAUUCUUGGCAAAAAUCUCUGUUAGCAAACCUAGAGCAUGAUGCUGCCACUACCAGUUUUAGCUUGGGUAUGAUGUUCUGGAUGUUACCUUUAGAAGAGAUGUCUUGUAACCCUACGCCUACUUGGAAAAAUGUCCAGAUUUUUGUUUUUCUGUGGUUUUUCUGUCAUUGCUUUAUAGUACACAGAUUAAUACUUUAACUCAGUAAGAUUCCUCUGAUGCUUUGGAACUUCCUUGCAAAAUAUGGAUGGAAAAUGACCAGGAAAAUCCAGUUUGGAACGGUCAAAUUAUUAGAGUUUAAACAGAUUUAUUAUAAAUAGCAGCAAAUUUCUUUCUUUGGCUGCUUCUGCUUGGACCUGCUUUUUGUUGUUUUUACACCCUCUUAGCUGCACUGCGUCUCAAACUGGUUCUUUUAUUUUGAUAAUUGGUUCAGGAACAGGAAGAUUCGUUAAACGCUACAGAUCCCAGCAAAGUUUAUGAAUUAUAAACAGUCAUUUUUAAUCUUUUAAGCAGCAGAAAGCAUGAAAAAAUAAGACAAAACACCGAUGUGUCACAACUGCUUUCAUUUGACUGUCAGGGGAGCUAGCCACUUUGAAAUAUUUUGUUUUUGAAAAGUUGUUGUGGUGCAUGUGCAAUAUUUAGCAUUAUCAAAAGGGAAAAAAGGGGAUUACUUGGG